UACUAAUGUAUGAAGACGUACUAUCUUUUAUAAUUGUUUUGCGUCUACAUAAUUAUUGUAUGAUUCUAUUCUCUUAAGAAUAGCAUUGCAGUAGCUGCAUUUGUAUUUGUGAUAACUGAUGUACUGUUUGUAAUGACUUUUACUUUUUUUAAGUAUGUAGUAAACUGUCUUGUGUACGAAAAAAGGUGACUUGCCUAAUGGUGCUCUAUACUAAAACAAUUGUAAAGGUGCUUGAAAUAGAUUUAUGAAAGAUUUUUUUUUUCAUUAUUUAUAAAAUACAAUAACUCCAAUCCUUCAGACUGUUUUACUCUUAAUUCAUUAGCUUAUUGACAAAUACUUUUUAGUAAUUAUAUAUAAAUAAAGGAAAAUGAUACUUUGACACCUCUGUGGUGACAAAUUUUUGACUCCAUGCACGUGUCAGGCUCUGAUUGGUUAGUAUUUUAUGAAAAAAAAAAGUUAAAUGACGUGGAUAAGUGGUCUGACAGAGAGAGAGGGCAUUGUAAAAUUUUCUAAAUCACUUUUGCUUUUCAGAUUUUCAAAUACGAUUUCAAAAUUGAAACCCUAGAGAGAGAAAUUGUUCCUUCCAACCCCCUUUCAUCCUUGGCCCACCGUCUCNUCGGCGCUCUGUAACCGUCGCCGGAGGACCGCCGAUCAAAGGUCUGCCACCGAUCAAAGCUCCGGCACCGACAAACGACCCCAACCCCCUUGACGACUCCACCGUCGUUCGCCGUUGAACGGCCACCGGAGGUCAACCCGGAGGCGGCGCCGCCGGUCAGUCUUGGGGUGUCUUCCAGCGCCACCACAUCACGUUUCCAGCGUCGACGAACGCUACGCGAGAUGUCUUAUGCGUUGUGUCUAGCAUGUUUUGAAAACGUUGUUCAUGCAAUCAAGGUGCAUUUUAGUUACUAGAAGAUGUUUAGGUCUAUUCUCUCUUCCUCAGUCAAUAUCUUAAUGCAUUCUGUGAUACUCUUAAUACUGUGGUUUCAUGGCAUCCAUUAGUUGUUGUAUGCUGUGGUAACAAUCUUUUUAAUAUUGGGUUUGCAGGGAUUCNGACAAGAUAANAUUUNAGCGUCUACACAAAGAGUUUGAAGCUGCACGAGCUUCUCAAACUGAAGUGUAAUGGAGGAAGUUGGUCAAAAGACUGAAUGUUCUUAUACGAGGAAGAAGGUAUGGUUUUGUCAUCAUUUUGUGACAUCCAACUCAAAGUACAGUACAAGGAUAUCANAGUUUCCAAGGUUGUUGAAUUGGAUUCAUGUGAAUAUCGGUGACAAGUUCAUAAAGAAUGCUUUCAAUAAGGGAUCGGUUGUUGUUGAUGUUGGGAUUUCGAAAGAAGAGCUUUCUUAUGCUAUAGUGAAAGAAGCUGUUGACAAAUAUCAAGUGCCAUUGAACCAGCAAAAUAGAGUAGAUAAGGUCAAAUUAGCUCGUUUUAUAGAAGAAGAAACGCGGGUUAUUGGGAGCAUGAAAACUAGUAUUGCUCAUUUCAAAAGUAUUUUGAAGGAAGACAAAAAAACAGUUCCCAAUGAUGACAAUGGUGAAGACUUUGAUGAUAAGCCUUGUAGUGCAAGUGAAGUUAAGAAUGAUGAUAAUGGACAACACUUUGAUGAUAUGCCGUUUAGCGCAAAUGAAGAUCCAUUACAUAGCACACCGGUUCAACAUCACAAACAAACCCCUAGGUGUGAAGGUCAGCCUACAGUCAAGAAAAGCACAAUGUAUGAUCGUAUGAAAGCUGCACCUCGAAUAAGGAUUAAGAGUAAGGCCAAGAGAACUCCAUUUACAGGAGAUGGUAGAAGACAGAAAUGAGUACUUCAAUAUGUUGUACUUAUAUUGAUGUUGAUAACAGAACUUAUGAUGUUACUAUUCUACAUGGCCUGGAUAAUAGAACUUUUGAUUUUGAUGUACAAA